AUGUCUGCCCCUUACAUCCCCUUCCGCCUUGAUGGCAAGGUCGCUCUCGUCACUGGCUCUGGACGAGGCAUUGGAGCUGCCAUGGCCACCGAGCUCGGCCGCUGCGGUGCCAAAGUUGUCGUCAACUACGCCAACUCUAAGGAGUCUGCUGAGAAGGUCGUUGAGACCAUCAAGAGCUUCGGCACUGAGGCCAUUGCCCUCAAGGCCAACAUCCAGAACGUUUCCGAGACUGCCAAAUUGAUGGACGAGGCUAUCGCUCACUUCGGCGGACUCGACAUUGUCUGCAGCAACGCCGGUGUCGUCAGCUUUGGACAUCUUGGUGAGGUUACUGAGGAGGAGUUCGACCGUGUCUUCAACAUCAACACCCGUGGCCAGUUCUUCGUUGCUCGUGAAGCUUACCGUCACCUCAACAAGGGUGGCCGUAUCGUCCUCAUGUCGUCCAACACUGCCAAGGACUUCACCGUCCCCAGGCACUCCGUCUAUGCUGGCUCCAAGGGCGCCAUUGACUCCUUCGUCAAGGUCUUCUCCAAGGACGCCGGUGACAAGCAGAUCACCGUCAACGCUGUCGCACCCGGAGGUACCGUCACCGACAUGUUCCACGAUGUCGCCCAGCACUACAUCCCAGGUGGCGAGAACUACAACGCCGAGCAGCUCCAGGAGAUGGCCGCUCACGCCUCCCCUCUUCACCGAAACGGAUACCCUCUCGACAUUGCCCGCGUCGUCUGCUUCUUGGCCUCCAAGGAGGGCGAGUGGGUCAAUGGCAAGACCAUCACCAUCGACGGUGGUGCUGCAUAA